GUAGUUUUAUGCUAAGUUUAGCAACCGGCUAACUACCAACUUCUAAAAGGCUGCUGCCCCCGACUACUGUGCCUACAACUUCAGAAUGCAAAACGGGCUGCGUAUAGAUGGCGGAGAGCAAUGACUGAGGAGUUUGAUGAAGAUGUGGUAUUUGAGAACUCCCCUCUUUUCCAGUACCUGCAUGAUCUAGGCCACACAGACUUUGAGGCAUGUCCAACGGCGUCACAGGAGGAUGAAUAUGGAGGACAGGAGGGAGACCUCAACUCUCCUGACGAAGAUCAGCAGAAAACUUCAGGAGGACGCUUGUGGAGACUGGCUGAGGCCUUGUGGAGAUGGAGUCCGAUUCACCAGGCGGCUGCAUCUCGUAAGCUGGGCCAGCACCUGGACUGCGUGUUCGGCCAGUACUCGGUGAGGUGCAUUCUGGACCAGGAUGUGCUGCUGCAGGAGGAUGUGGAGCUGAUCGAGCUGCUGGACCCGAGUCUGCUCACCCUCGGCUCGUCGCCCUCUGGCUCGUCCGGCCGAGCGAGCACCCUGCCCAGACCGAGCCUCAUAGCCAGGCCUUCCCUAUGGGACAUGGCGGGGCUGGUCGGCCUGGCUGCAGUGCUGCUGGGUCUCUUCUCCGCAUCUGACGGCCUGUGGUCGCUGGCUGCAGCGCCGUGGGGCCUGGCGCUGCUGGGCUGGGUGGGGCUGAGGGGGGUCAUGCUGUGGAGACAAGGCCGCAUGCAGAGAGCCGUCCACGCUCGGGCCACGCAGCUCCAGGCGCUGAUCCACAACAGCAAGACCCUGACCGGACUGUCCCGAAAAGCCCUGCGGCUGGUGCAGGAGACGGAGGUCAUCUCCAGAGGGUUCACCCUUUUGCUCGACAGGGUGAGUGCGGCCAGCUCCUUUAGCAGGGCGGGGCCCGGGGCGAUGCCACGAGGCCAGCAGCUGAUCGGACUGAGGAAGGCCCUGUACCGGGCGCUCCGCACGGCCUUCAGAGCCUCGCGUAGAGCCACCUGUCACAUGCUCAAGGCGUUCCCACUGAACUCUGAGAUCGAUAACGUGACAAACUACGUGUCUGCGGUGCCUCUGAAGGAGCUGGGGCUCGGCCUGGGAAUCGAGCACCUGGGCGACGAGCAGGCUCAGGAGCUGACAGAUGACUACAGCCUGCCUGCCCUGAAGAUGCUCUUCCAGCUGUGGGUGGGACAAAGCUCUGAAUGUUUCCGUCGGCUGGCUCUUCUCCUGUCGCCACAAAGAAUAGAGGAGCCAGAGGAGGUUGCAUCCAAAGGAGACACCUUCACCUCCACCCCUCCUCCUCCUAAUCCUCCCCUGCUGCACCGGUCCAUCGCUGCAGUGACAGAGCCCCUCCAUCACGCUCUGGCCAGCUGCCUCGGAGAAGUGCAACGCAGCUACGACUUCCACAGACACUUCGAGACCCAGCUGAGGACGACGGGCUCCGACAAGACGGGGAGAGCCAGGGAGAAAUGCCGAGAGCUCAACACCCUGCACACCUCCAUCCGAAGCCUGCAGCUGCACCUCAAGGCCCUGCUCAGCGAGAUGAUCAUCCUAGAGGAUGACCUGGAGAAACUGAUGGUGUCCAAAGAACAGCCGGAGUUGACGUACGAGGGCUACCAGGACCUCAACGACCGGCUCCACCAGCUGCAGCCUCACAUGCAGGCCAGCGCCGGCUGCUGGGAGGACACCAUCACCCAGGUGGAGCGCAUGCUGAGACGGGUCAACGCCUGUCCAGGUAAUUCUGAGGGUGUGGAGCAGUGUGGUCCUCCUCUACCUGAGAUCCCUGAUCCUCCUCCAUCCUACCCGCUGAUUCUGGACAGAGACCCUGUCCCUGAAGAGCUGGAGUGGGAGGCCUACGUGUCCGACUCGGACUCUGACGGCGAAGGCAGAGGGUCCUGGUCAGACAUGUUUUCACCGGAGGAACGGGAGCGGCAGCGGCGGGAGAGGGAGGAGUCCCGUCGCGUCCUGUCAGAGCUCAAAGCUGUGCUGGGUUUCCGUGCGUCAGAGGGGGAGAGGAUGAAGAGGAAGCAGCUGCUCUUCAACGACCAAGCUGCUGUGACGCCUUCAGGUCGCACUGAGAGUUCAGAUCCCGCCUCAAAGCCGUCAGACGGUGCGGCUUCUGCGGGAUCGGUAGAAAGUGGCGAUGAAGAAGGAAACCACCUUUCAGAGUGCCCUGCAGGAAAUAGAGGGGAGGAAGAGGAAGGAAGAGAUGGCAGGGUGAGGCCUGACCCUUCCACAGAGCCGGUGACGGAGUUCAGCUGUGGUUUGGAGGCGAAGGAGGGGGAUGUGGGAGGGACUUCAGUCUGUGAGAGAGGAGGAGGAGGUGCAUCUGAGCUGCACCAGUACGACGGGGUCCUGGAGGAGGGGGAGGGCCAGAAUGGUCUGGACUGCUUCCUGGACCCUAAAGUCCCCGCUGUCACUAUAAUGGACAGACUGACGGAGAUGCACGGGUCAGAGGCGCUCAGCUUCAGCUCCGCCCUCGCAGCUCAGGUGGCGGCUCGCUCCCACUCGCUCAUCAACAUGGAGGAGCAGACGUUCGGAGAUGAUGAGGAUGAAGAGGAAGAUGAAGAAGAGGCCGACAGACGAGCGCCUGAGAAGGACUAAAAUGAAACCCCGCUGCUUCAACCGAGCACUGAGCAGAGACUGUAUUUAUGUCUGAUUGUCUUUUAUCGAUGGGUCUGUGUUACAUCUUUACUGUCUCUGGUGUGGAGGUAUCUCGAAUUUACGCCACUAUCACCCAUCCGUCCAUGUUACUGUACAUUACCCACAAUUCCUUCUGCUCUUUUGCUGUUAAAACUCAGGUACCAGAACCACUAAAUCAAACAUGACCUUACAGUGUGAAGGUCAGAAGAAUGUCAACAGUUUACUCGGUGACAUCCACAUAGUGUAUAUUGAUCACAGACGCUCAGUAGAUGUGGAAACAAAGAUUGUACGAAACAAGUGAUUGGCUCCAUACAUGUAAAAAAAAAAAUGUGUAAAAAUUUGAUUUUUAAUUGCAGUUUUCUCAUCAGUCAGUGUAUCAAAGCACUCCAGUCUUGAAUUACCGUGGAGAAGUUGCAGGCUGGAGGAACGGAAAGACUGAGAGCAUUUUUCUGAGAUACAGUGGGAUUAACUGUGUUCAGACAGAACACGAAGAUAUCGCCCGCGCUGCCAAGAUCUGCCCGUGUGAUUAUAAAACAUCCAUUCUUGUGCUAUAAUUGAGUUUAUCCCCGGGCUUCAUGAAACAAAUAAGAGGACAUGGAAAAAAACAGAAGGAACGGAAGUUGUAAAUCAAACAAACAGGCACAUUCUCCCAGACACGGCCAUUGCAUCUGUGGCUAGAUAGCUAACAAUCAACAUCUAUAAUGUUUCACUUGGCUUUCGCAGUACAACAACUGACUCAAAAAAUGACGAGCAAAGUGCCCAGUUGGCUAAAAGCUUUCUUAGAACCUUAUCAGCCCCGGGCUAAAGGAGCUGCUAGUCUCAGGCUAAAGGAGCUGCUAGUCUCAGGCUAAAGGAGCUGCUAGUCUCAGGCUAAAGGAGCUGCUAGUCUCAGGCUAAAGGAGCUGCUAGUCCCAGGCUAAAGGAGCUGCUAGUCCCAGGCUAAAGGAGCUGCUAGUCCCAGGCUAAAGGAGCUGCUAGUCCCAGGCUAAAGGAGCUGCUAGUCCCAGGCUAAAGGAGCUGCUAGUCCCAGGCUAAAGGAGCUGCUAGUCUCAGGCUAAAGGAGCUGCUAGUCUCACCGUAGAUGGGGCUCACCACACCUAUGUGAAAUAAUUAAAAAUGGAUUUUAUAAAAUUGGUAAGGGCUUGCUGACUCUGCUCCCGAGCAGUGUUUUCCCUUGAAAUCAAUCAAACAUGGCGGCUUAAAGGUGCCGGUGUGAAACUACACAGCUAAAGUAAACCUAAGGCCUAAGAAUAAAGUAUUACACAAUUAUUAAUAUCAUUCACAGAGACCCUUAAAAGUAUGAAAACAGAGCAGUUCUUUUUAAAAAUGAUGUCCUGACAGGCACCUGACAGAAACUUGAGAUAAACUUGACAUUUUUUAAAAAAUGACACUAAUGUGAUAGAAUUCAACACUGACGAUAAGCAAAUGUACAUGAGAAUUUUUAUACUGCAGUAUACUGUGAAACCGAUACACUGACACAAUAAGUAUUCAGAUCUUUUACUCAAAUAAAAGUAGCUGUAAAUACCAAAAUGUAAAAAUACUCCUGGAUGCAGAAUUCAAACGAACAUUAUUAUUGCAAGUGAAAUGUAGCAAAAACUUAAAAGUACUUGUUGUGUAUCGAACAACAACACCAACAAAACUGAGUUAAGAGUUUAAAACUUUCAGAGGCCUUAAAUUGUACUUUAGUAAAUACUUUAUUUCACCACUGCAGUUGGGACAUUGGAU